ACAGCUCUCGCUUUUGCACCCCCUCUCACCUCACGUUUCCCUCCUCUCCGGCGAAACCCUAAUACCCUACGGUUGGCACAAUUCUUCGUUCCCCGGCGUGGAUUUUGCUACAGAAGAAUCCAUUCAAUUCAAGUGAUUCCGAAAUUUCCCUUGUAUAUGUUGCAAAUCACGCGGUGAUGGCUUCGAUCGAGAAUUCCAAGCCCAGGGUGGACACGGGCUCGUGCUCGACGUUCGUAAGCGAGACGGUGAACGGGUCGCACCGGUUCACGGUGCAGGGGUAUUCGCUGGCCAAGGGGAUGGGGAUAGGGAAGUACAUGACGAGCGACACAUUCACGGUGGGCGGGUACGACUGGGCGAUCUACUUUUACCCGGACGGUAAAAACCAAGAGGACAACUCGAUGUACGUGUCGGUCUUCAUCGCGCUGGCGAGCGAGGGCACGGACGUGAGGGCCUUGUUCGAGCUGUCGAUGCUGGACCAGAGUGGGAACGGGAACAACAAGGUGCAUAGUCAUUUUCAACGCGCGCUGGAGAGCGGGCCGUACACGCUCAAGUAUAGGGGCAGCAUGUGGGGUUACAAACGAUUUUUUAGAAGAAAUCUUUUAGAAGCUUCUGAUUAUUUAAAGGAUGAUUGCCUUGUCAUGUACUGCAAGGUUGGAGUUGUCAAAAAUCAUCUUGAGUGCCCAAAACUACGCUCUAUUUCUGUACCACCGUCAGACAUGGGUCAAGGUUUUAAGGACUUGUUAGAAUCGGAAGUUGGUUGUGACGUAGUUUUUCAGGUCGGCAAUGAAAUGUUCAAAGCUCAUAAGUUGAUACUUGCUGCGCGUUCUCCUGUAUUUAGAGCCCAGUUUUUUGGACUCGUUGGAAAUCCUAACGUAGACAAAGUUGUAGUAAAGGAUAUUGACCCCUUCAUUUUCAAGGCAAUGCUUCUGUUUAUCUACACAGACAAACUUCCUGAUGUAGAUGAAGUUGAGAGCACAGUAACUAUGUGCUCAUCCACGGUCAUGGUUCAGCAUCUGUUGGCUGCUGCUGACCUAUAUAAUCUGGAUCGACUGAAAUUGUUAUGUGAAUCAGAAUUGUGUACGGCAAUCAGUAUCGACACAGUGGCAACGAUCCUUGCCCUAGCUGAGCAACAUCACUGUCCACAGCUCAAGGCCAUUUGUUUAAAGUUCACAGCAAAUCCAGAAAACUUGGGAGCGGUAAUGAAGUCGGAAGCAUUCAAGCAUUUGGAGGAGAGCUGCCCCUCUUUGUUGUCAGAGCUGCUGGCAACAGUUGCAUCGAUGGAUGAGAACUCAAAUUCUCUGUUGAGUAGGAAGAGGAGCAGCAGCAGUUUACUCGGUCUAGAUCUAGCAGCAGAUGGGGCUGAAGCAGAAUCGGCGAAUCCUAACGGCAGGCGCAUGAGGAGGCGAUUGUAGUCCGUGUAGGUUGCUUUAGGUGCCUUUAGAACCGGUAAACCUUGAAGUUGUCACAUAAGCGGAACCCUAGUUAUGCAUAACAUUCUAGUCACUCAUCAUGUUCCUUUGAGUUAGUCAGCCCCUGUAUAAAGUUUCUACGUUCUUUCCUAAAGGUGAAAUUUGUCUUCAACUUGCACGUCUUCAAGUGAAUUAGUUUGGAUGCCUUUGGAAUUACAUGUAAAUCAAAAUGGCUUCCAUGUGUUUUUAUGUAGAAUGUGAAGGUGUAAAUUAUUUACUAAUGAAAAUGCAAAACAGGAUACCAAUCCAUUCUCUUU